ACUUUCCCAUCAUGCUUUUGGGAAAGCACUUUUAGUACACACCCCACAUAACCAAAAACCUGCAAUAUUAUUAUUAUUAAUAACACAGAAGAAAGAUAAGAUCAUGAAGGAAGAAGGAGGAGAAAACAUCACAAAAACAAGAAGGAGUAGAGAGAGUUCCAAUGAUUGUGGUGCUGCUAAUGGUGUUGGUGUAGUAGCAGCAACAGUUAUGGCAAACAACAACAACAACAACAAUAAUCAUAAUAAUAAUAGUAAUAAGGGUAACUACAACUACAAAUUCUGGGUGUUAGCUGCAAUAAUUGUUCUUGCACUAUGGUCAAUGUUCACUGGCUCUGUCACACUCAAAUGGUCUGCUUCAAACCUCACAAGAUUCUCACAUGACUUGGAUCAUUCUAUCACUCUUCAAGAUCUUGAUGUCUUGGAAGUGGAGGAGAGGGAGAAAGUGGUGCGGCGGAUGUGGGAGGUUUACACCCACAGCACCACCACGAAGGUGCCGCGAUUUUGGUCAGAUGCAUUUCAUGCUGCCUAUGAACAUUUGGUGAGUGAUGUACCUUCAACCAGAGAUGCUGCCAUCUCAGAAAUUGCUAAGAUGUCUAUCCAAUUUCUCAGUUUGCAGCAGCAGCUUCCAAUUCAGCUUCAAUCUGAAUCUAACAUCAGGGUAUCAAGGAAAAUGAAACAAGAACAAGAAAGUAGCUGGGGAGGCUAAAAUUGGCACUAAGCAAUAAGAAGGAAUCAGUAGCUGUUCUAUUCUAUAUAGGAUUCAAGACUGAAAUAUAAAAUGUGUGUAGAUCUUACCAUGUUUGUAUAGUUUUGUACAUUUAAAUUAGUGUUGUCAUCAAUGUAUGAAUAAGAACGCUGGUUUUUUAAGACAUUACAAGAAUGUGU